UCUUUUUUUUUUUCUCCCCCUUCCUGGGCUGGAAACCUGGGGAGGUUGCAAGAAGUUAAACUGAAGACUGAAGCGAGAGCUGGGUCAGGUGGUCACCCUAGCAACCCUGGACUGCCACAACUAUGACCUCCUCCUGCCCAGACUCAGAUAAUAGCUGGGUGCUUGCUGGCUCUGAGAACCUGCCUGUGGAGACUUUGGGCCCAGCACCUAGGAUGGACAUAGAACCCGAGGGAGCCUCUCAGGCCCUUUCAGACCCCUCCCAGGCGGAUAGCGAAGAACUAACUGGGACCUUGGACGGAGAAGGGAAGCUUUUCCAGACAGAAGGUUCCGGGAAUGAAAGUGCUACUCUGCCUGAGGAGACGAAGGCCAAGGGUACUCUGGGACAUGAUGCUCAUGGGAUGGGGCCCCCUGGAGACACGCUUGUCCAGGAAGAUUCUCCAGAGGCUCCUGUGGUGGUGACAAGCCUGGGACCAGACACACAGGACCUGGAGAAUGAGAGCCCUCCACAGAACCUGCCCUCAAGUCCCAAAGCAGUGUGGAGAGAGCGCCACUGCUCCAGCAGUGACGAUGACACGGAUGUGGAUGUGGAAGGUCUGCGGAGACGGAGGGGCCGGGAGUCCAGCCCAGCCCAGCCCACAAUCCCUGUGGGUGUGGAGGACCAGGCCAGGGGCGAGGGUGUAGGAGGCGAGCUGGGCAUUUCCCUCAACACGUGUCUCCUGGGGACCCUGGUUCUUCUGGGCCUGGGGAUCCUUCUGUUCUCUGGGCCUCACCUGUCUUCACCUUCAGGUGCAUUGUUGGAGCCUGAGGCUGGCUCUAGGGAAGAAGCAGAGUUGCAGGUCUUCCCAGAUACUGGGCCAGAGACUGACUUGGCAGAUACUAUAGGGAACAGGCAGGACAAGCUAGAGCAGCUGCAGGCCUCAGUACUACCAGACAGUAGCCCCAGCCUGCAGAGCAUGGGGCUUUUGCUGGACAAGCUGGCCAAGGAGAACCAGGAUAUCCGGCUGCUGCAGGCCCAGCUGCAGGCUCAGAAAGAAGAGCUUCAGAGCCUGUUGCACCAGCCCCAAGGGCUAGAAAAGGAGAAUGCCCGGCUCCGGGAGGCCCUGCAGCAGGGCAAGACCUCCCACCAGGCCCUAGAGUCAGAACUACAGCAGCUAAGGGCCCGACUCCAAGGCCUAGAGGCUAACUGUGUCCGGGGUGUAGAUGGGGUGUGUCUCAACUGGGGUGGAGGCCAAGGUGAUAAAGCCACCAAGGAGCAAGGCCACAAGGGGCAGGAGCCAGACCCCAGCUUAUUAGAGCAGCAGAAGCGGCUAGAGGCUGAAGCCCAGGCCCUAAGGCAGGAGUUACAAAGGCAGUGGCAGCUGCUGGGGUCUGUGCACCGAGACUUGCAGAGGGGCUUGCGGAAUGCUGGCCAAGGAGACCCCGCUCGUGCUGGCCUGACCGAACUUGGUCACAUGUUGGCCCAGACAUUGCAGGGCCUAGAGAAUUGGGGUCAUAACCCUGGCAUUCCUGCCAAUGAGUCAGAGGCCUCGUACCAGAAGAAGCCCCACUUCCAGAAUUCCAGGGGGUGGAGCAGAAAGGAGAAGUGGCACAGUGAGCCGAGGGACCAGAAGGCUGAGCACUGGAAGCAUAGGAAGGAGGAGUCUGGCCGGGGGGAUGAGCACUGGAAGCAUAGGAAGGAGGAGUCUGGCCGGGGGGAUGAGCACUGGAAGCAUAGGAAGGAGGAGUCUGGCCGGGGGGAUGAGCACUGGAAGCAUAGGAAGGAGGAGUCUGGCCGGGAGAGGAAGAGGAGCUGGAGGGAUGAGAACGGGGAGCCAGCAGGGGGCUGGAAGGAGGACAAGCCAAGGGUAGAAGAAUUGGGGAACAGAAAGGAUGUCAAGCAACAGGACUCCAAGAUACAUCCUAGGAAAAGUGGGGACACCUACUCUGGAGAAAGGCAGAAAAAUUCUUGGGGGAAAGACAACGGCCCUGACCCUCGGUCCUCCUGGGAAGAGCUGCUGAGGCGCAAGUACCGGGCCCCUCAGGGCUGCUCCGGUGUAGAUGACUGCGCCCGGCAGGAGGGCCUGGCUCUUUUUGGCACGGAGCUAGCCCCUGUGAGGCAACAGGAGCUGGCCUCUGUGCUGAGAACGUACUUGGCCAGGCUGCCCUGGGCUGGGCAACUGACCAAAGAGCUGCCCCUCUCACCUGCUUACUUUGGAGAAGAUGGCAUCUUCAGGCAUGACCGCCUUCGCUUCCGGGACUUUGUGGAUGCCCUGGAGGACAGCCUAGAGGAGGUGGCGUUGAAGCAGACGGGUGAUGACGAUGAAGUGGAUGACUUUGAGGAUUUCAUCUUCAGCCACUUCUUUGGAGACGAGGCUUUGAAGAAGAGAUCAAAGAAGAAGGAGAAGCACCCCUGGAACCACAGAGUUGCGGGACCCGGGGGAGAGCACGGCCACCAUCCCCACCACUACCACCACGGCUAAGCCCUGCCGCUGCUGUAACAAAUGGCCUUGGCACAUACAUACCCAGCUCCAGAUCCCUGGAAUUACGUGACCCUAGAAGCUGUGCUCCCGCUGUCCAGCGGGUCCCUCUUGGCUCUUUAGUCCUCGGAUGUACUUCACAGAAGAGAGCAAAGCACUUGACCCUGCACUGGAACCACUUUCGCUACAAAAAAAGCCGUAGUUGGUUCUGCUGAGCUGUCUUUGUAUGCAAAUACAUACAAAAGCGGAAGGCCCUGGGUACUGAGUGUGUCGGGGCCUUCUAGGGAGCCUGCUGGGGAGAAUUCUGAUUCUGAAGCGAGAGAGCCAUUCUCCUUUUUUGCGGCUGCCCCCCCCCCAGACCACAGUGCAGCCUACAACCCUGCACUGGGGCCCGCUGGCUGGAAAUAUAGCUCCAGGCUUGCCCUGGGGUUUUGUUAGCUUUGGAGGCAGCUGUCCCCAAGCACGAAGUCCCCGCUCAUCAUGCUUCUCUUGUGGCUUUUGCCUCCCCACCUGAACUGCCACUUGAGUGCAGGGGACACUGCACUUGGCCCGCCAGUGGAUAGGCACAACCCAGAUACGGCACUCAACCUUCCCCUCCCCCUCUCAGCCUUCCCCUGGCAGGCCCUCCCCCUCCCCCACGCCCACCCACCUUUCUUAAGGAGCCUAGCGGUGAAUCCAGCCACCAGUUGUCUCACAGUCGCCCUAACUGAACCCCUGUGGAACCCUGGGCUCCAGUCCAGGCUGGGUGGCCUCAGGCCGGGUCAUCGUGGUGUUCUUAUCCUCAG